AUGACCACAAAUGACGAAGCGAGUCGCCUGCGGGACCUUCAAGCAGACGUCCGCAACCAGGAUGAUCUCGAAAGAGACAUUACUAGACAGGCCGAUAAAGCUCUAGCAGAUAAAGCUGAAGAGAAUGACAUCAAGCGGCUCGAGAAAGCCCUUAUAGAUCGGGAACGAGUUGAUUCUCAGAUCCGCCAAGCGCAACACCGCCUAACACAACAUGUCGGGGCUGCCACUCGCCAUCGGGUCGAGAAUGAGCUGAAAAGGCUGCAGACUCAUAAGAUAGAUCUUGGGAAAGAUGUGAAGGAAAUACAACAGCGCAUUGACAAGAGGCGCGAGUCGCAGGGCAAUGCGACCGUGGCACACGGGACUGGCCGGCUGCCGAACGAGUCUCGCCGGGAUUACCUCCUACGAACCGGAAAGAUCACCCCGUUUGCGUUAAUGCAAGAGCGUGCUGGAGAUGGGCUAAUUGCCAACCUCCAAGAUGCACUUGCUGAUACCGAGGAGCAACAGAAUGAGGAGGAGCAGGAGCGCGAAGAAGCCAAAACCCAUCCUGCCGUAUCCCAUCGGGACCUUGCGCGUCCAGAUAUUGACUUCGAGGAGCCAAUCCCGACGAAGCGAAGGAAGGUCGGUCGACGUACCUCUCCUGGAGCGGAUUCUGAAGCAAGUUAUGUUGCCUCAGAUGCUACGUCUGAGGGCGAGGAGUUCAUGCCCGAUACACUGCCUGACACCAAGCCGAGUCGUAAGCGCAAGCAGGGAAGCGCAACUGCUGAGCUAGAAGAUCUCAGCGGAGUUGAUGAUGGCAACGAGACAGUGUAUCAGACUCGUGUCCAGGACUGGAUCAGUCGCCGAAGCUCUGCUCGACGGCACGCUGAGGGUUAUUCCAGCGAGGCCGACUCGAAUGAGGAAGAGGAGUGGCUUAAGCCACACCCCACUGAACCAUCCAUGGAGCUUGACAACGGUUUCCGUGUUCCUGGAGAUAUCAGUCGCUAUCUAUUUCCCUAUCAGAAAACUGGAGUCCAGUGGCUUUGGGAGUUGCACCAGAAAACUGUUGGCGGAAUCAUUGGAGAUGAGAUGGGGCUAGGGAAAACCAUCCAGGCGAUUUCUUAUCUCGCAGCGUUGCAUCAUAGCAAGAAGCUCACCAAGCCUGCCAUUAUUGUUUGCCCUGCAACCCUCAUGAAACAGUGGGUCAAUGAGUUCCAUCGGUGGUGGCCGCCUUUCCGUGUUUCCAUCUUACACUCGUCUGGAAGCGGAAUGAUAAACCUUGGAAAGGAAAGCAGCAGGGAGAAUGCGCUCACAUCAGAAAUGAUGGGCAGCGGAGGCUCUCGUCACCUGUCAGCUGGUCAGAAAGCAGCUAAAAAGAUCAUCAAGCGUGUCACAGAGGAGGGACACGUCCUCGUGACUACUUAUUCUGGUCUGCAAUCUUAUGCGGAUGCUCUUGUUGACGUCGAAUGGGGUUGCGCUAUCCUCGACGAGGGUCAUAAAAUACGUAAUCCAGACGCUGGUAUCACUUUCAGCUGCAAGGAACUCCGCACUCCACAUCGCAUCAUUCUUUCAGGGACCCCAAUGCAGAACAGUCUCGUCGAUCUUUGGUCCCUAUUUGACUUCGUUUUCCCGAUGCGCCUGGGCAACCUUGUCAACUUCAAGAAUCAGUUUGAAAUUCCUAUCCGUCAGGGAGGGUAUGCAUCAGCAUCUAACCUUCAGGUGCAGACUGCUGCGAAAUGCGCAGAGACCCUCAAAGAUGCCAUCAGCCCCUAUCUGCUCCAGCGGUUCAAGUCUGAUGUGACAUCCGAUCUGCCGCAGAAGAGCGAGCAGGUCAUUUUCUGUAAAUUAACCAAGCUCCAGCGAACCAUUUACCAGAGGUUCCUUGCCUCAGACGACAUGAAAUCCAUCAUCCGCGGGAAACGAAAUUCGUUGUAUGGAAUUGACAUACUGCGCAAGAUCAGUAACCACCCAGACCUAGCGGACCACACCUUGCGAUCUCACGAUGCCGACUAUGGGGCAGAAGAGCGGUCUGGCAAAAUGCAGGUCCUGAAGGGCUUGCUUGAGGUCUGGAGAGAUACCGGCCAUAAGACCCUGCUGUUCACCCAGGGUCGUCUGAUGCUGGACAUCAUUGAGAAGUUUCUCGGGACGCUGGGUGGAUUCAAUUAUCGCCGAAUGGACGGGACUACUCCAAUCAAGGAGCGUCAGAACUUAGUUGAUACAUUCAACAAUGACCCCGAUCUCCACGUCUUCUUGCUCACCACCCGUGUUGGCGGGAUCGGAGUCAACCUGACAGGUGCUGACCGUGUCAUUAUCUUCGAUCCCGACUGGAAUCCAUCGACGGACCUGCAGGCGCGAGAGCGCGCAUGGCGUUUGGGUCAAAAACGUGACGUGACCAUCUUCCGCCUUAUGACAAAAGGCACGAUUGAAGAGAAGAUUUACCACCGUCAAAUCUUCAAGCAAUUCCUGACCAACAAAAUCACUCGUGAUCCCCAUCAACGGGAGGGGUUCCAGUUGAGUGAUCUUUAUGAUCUGUUCACUCUUACCGACGAAGACGAUAACGAGCUGGAAACGACCAAACUCUUCAAGAACGCCGAAGUUGUGUAUCAAGAAGAAGGCAAAGAUCCCAGUGACAGUAAAAGCAAGUCUGCUCAAACCACCGUGAAGAAGGAAGAAGACGGGAUCACCGAUAUCCAUGGUGUUGCCAAUGUCGAAGAAUUCCAGAACACCACCGAAGAGGAGAAAAAUACGAAGUCCUCCGAAGACCGCAUUAUGCAUGGUAUCUUCGCUCGUUCUGGCGUACACUCUGCACUCGAACACGAUCAGAUCAUAAAUGGAAAGCGGGUUAUUCGUGCGGACCCGAAGAUGAUUGAAGCUGAAGCCCGUCGCGUCGCUAACGAAGCCUCCGAGGAGCUUCGUAGAGCUGAAGAAACUGCUCGGUCACUUCCCAUUGGACUUCCCACCUGGACCGGUCGAUUUGGGAUGGGUGGUCGCGAAUGUGGUAGCUCAGCUCGACCUGCUGGUGCAGGGCCUUCCUCCUCCGACCUGUUGGCCAGGCUGAACCCCGCUGCCGCUGGGCAAGCCAAUGCUACCAAUAAUACUUCGUCGGCACGUAUGCCACGGGGUAAAGAGUUCAUGCCAUUGAUCCGUGACUUCCUUGCCUCUCAACGUGGGCCCACACUCUCCCAGUCAAUUGUCAAUCACUUUGAUCACUAUUGCACCAACCCUCAGCGUGUUGCUGAGUUUCAAGAGUCAUUGAAAAAGGUUGCGACGCUCGAGCACGGCCGUGACCGUCGCGGCCGAUGGACUUUGAAGCCUGAAUUUGCCCGGAAUGCCAAUAAUCGGGCACAAUGA